GCUGAGAGGCAGCACUGCUCCUUCUCUCACACCAACCGAGUCUCUUGAUCUGUACAUGCAAUCCCAGGCAGCUCGCGAGCACAAACCCGGGGCCAGCCGCCUGCUGCUGCUGCUGCUGCCGCCACCGCCACCACCGCUGCCACCACCGGCCCAGCGCACCCGGGACUUUUCAUGCACCACACUCCCCGCCUUCUCCCCUCCGUGUUCUCAAAAGUGCGACCGUUCUCCUAAGGAAUUUCCACGGUCUUUGAAGGGGAUGAUUCCCCAGUAAAACCUCCUGACUGCUCCAAGGUGCCCCUCGGCCUCCCUCCCAGGGACCACUGCUUCUCGUGUGACCCAGUCCCAGAAAGUCACUACGAUGGACUUACACCGGGCAGCCUUCAAGAUGGAGAACACAUCCUACCUCCCCAACCCACUGGCCUCGCCAGCACUGAUGGUCCUGGCAUCUACGGCAGAGGCCAGCCGCGAUGCGUCCAUCUCGUGCCAGCAGCCCCGCCCCUUUGGCGUACCUGUCUCAGUAGACAAGGAUGUGCACCUCCCAUUCACCAAUGGUUCCUACACCUUUGCCUCCAUGUACCAUCGGCAAGGUGCGGUGCCAGGCACUUUUGCCAAUCGUGAUUUCCCCCAUUCUUUAUUGCACCUCCACCCUCAAUUUGCACCCCCAAAUCUAGAUUGCACCCCUAUCAGUAUGCUGAAUCACAGUGGUGUGGGGGCUUUUCGUCCCUUUGCUUCCACUGAGGACCGAGAGAGCUAUCAGUCAGCCUUUACACCGGCCAAGAGACUUAAGAACUGCCAUGACACAGAGUCUCCCCACUUGCGCUUCUCAGAUGCUGAUGGCAAGGAAUAUGACUUUGGGACACAGUUGCCAUCUAGUUCCCCUGGUUCACUUAAGGUUGAUGACACUGGGAAGAAGAUUUUUGCUGUCUCAGGCCUCAUUUCGGAUCGGGAAGCAUCAUCUAGCCCAGAAGAUCGGAAUGACAGAUGUAAGAAAAAGGCAGUAGCCUUGUUUGACAGCCAGGCCCCUAUUUGCCCCAUCUGUCAGGUCCUGCUCAGGCCCAGCGAGUUGCAGGAGCAUAUGGAACAAGAACUGGAACAGCUGGCACAGCUGCCUACCAGCAAAACUUCCCUUCUGAAGGAUGCCAUGACUCCAGGCACAUCCAAGUCCCUCCUAUUGUCUGCCUCCAUCAAGAGGGAAGGAGAGUCCCCCACGGCAUCCCCGCACUCCUCUGUCACCUCACAUUCCUCCGUCACCCCACAUUCCUCCAUCGCCCCACACUCCUCCAUCACCCCACACUCCUCUAUCGCCCCACAUUCCUCCGUCGCCCCUCACUCUUCCGUCGCCCCACACUCCUCUGCCACCCCACAUUCCUCCGCCACCCCACACUCUGUCACCGAUGACCUGCACCACUCGGACCGAUACCAGACCUUCCUGCGCGUACGAGCCAACCGGCAGACCAGACUGAAUGCUCGGAUUGGGAAAAUGAAACGGAGGAAGCAAGAUGAAGGGCAGGUAUGUCCCCUGUGCAGCCGCCCCCUGGCAGGAUCGGAGCAGGAGAUGAGUAGGCAUGUGGAGCGUUGCCUUUCAAAGAGAGAAGGUUCCUGUGUGGCUGAAGAGGACACUGUGGAUAUCGAACAGGAGAACACCAACCGCUUUGAGGAGUAUGAGUGGUGCGGGCAGAAGCGGAUACGGGCCACCACUCUCCUGGAAGGUGGCUUCCGAGGCUCUGGCUUCGUCAUGUGCAGCGGCAAAGAGAACCCAGACAGUGAUGCAGACUUGGACGUGGAUGGGGACGACACUGUGGAGUACGGGAAGCCACAAUACACAGAGGCCGAUGUCAUCCCCUGCUCAGGCGAGGAGCCCGGAGAAGCCAAGGAGAGAGAGGCGCUGCGGGGCGCAGUCCUGAAUGGUGGUGCCCCCAGCACACGAAUCACACCUGAAUUCUCUAAGUGGGCUAGUGAUGAGAUGCCAUCAACCAGCCACGGGGAGAGCAGCAAGCAGGAGGUCAUGCAGAAGACCUGUAAGAACAGUGACAUCGAGAAAAUCACGGAAGAUUCAGCCGUCACCACAUUUGAGGCCUUGAAGGCUCGGGUCAGGGAACUUGAACGGCAGCUCUCCCGUGGGGACCGUUACAAAUGCCUCAUCUGCAUGGACUCAUACUCGAUGCCCCUGACGUCCAUCCAGUGCUGGCACGUGCACUGUGAGGAGUGCUGGCUGCGAACCCUGGGAGCCAAGAAGCUCUGCCCCCAGUGCAACACCAUCACGUCGCCCGGAGACCUGCGAAGAGUCUACUUGUGAGCUGGCUGCUGUGGCCUCCCCUUUGUACAGACCUGCACACAGGCGCCCAUGUACAUACACACACACACACACACACACAGGACUCGGAGCCAGCGCAGAGGCCCAAGGCCAGGCCCUCCUACCUGCUGGCUCCCCAAGAUUGGGAACCAUAAGUGUCCCAGCUUCUAUCCCGGGGGGGAGGGUAGGGAGAGGGGCGGACAGAGUGGCGGGGCAGGGGUCUUGUGAUCCAGCCCCCCCCCAAUGGAAAGACUGACAGACUGACAUUCAGACAUCAGACUGAAGCACAUGUAAUAUAGACCAUGUAUGUUUACAAUGUUGUGUAUAAAUGGGACAGCUCCUGGCCCUCUGCCCCGCCCCUCCUCUUGGGUUGUACGAUUUUCUUCUUUUUUUUAAGAAGAUCUGGAAGCAGGGACCCAGGGCUGGCUUGGGGGCUCGGCCCAUCCACCUGGGGUGCCUGCCCCUCCCCUCCUGUGGUGUUCCUUCCCCCCUCCCGUGUGCUCCGUGGUCAGUGGUGUAUAUUUCUUCUCCUCAACAAGGGGCAUGAGCCCCAAGGGACUUGAUCCUCUCCUUAGUCGUAGCUCCUGGGGCUUCUAUAAGGAGUUGGGGGAGCAGAGAGGCUCAGGGAACGGGAACCGAGCUGAGCAGGAGCUGAGAUGGGGCUAGAGUAUGCCCCUUGGCUGCCCAGCCUCCUGCCAAGACCGUUCCUGGGAUGAGCUACUGUUCCCGGGGAAAGCGUGGUCUCCUCCUCGCCCCCCUGCAGCCCCAUGGUGUGAUGCUGUGUCUGUAUAUUCUAUACAAAGGUACUUGUCCUUUCCCUUUGUAAACUACAUUUGACAUGGAUUAAACCAGUAUCAACAGUA